CCUAAAAAGCAAAAUUGGAUAAAUUCAAGUAAUUAAACACGCCUUAUGCCUUUCUAAAUGUAUCUUCUCUUCUCCGGUUUGUGUUAACCUUCCCUCCUACUCUCUGACCGUAACGAGUUCCAUAAUCAUCAAUUCUAUCUUUUUCCACCGCCUUUUCAAUUCGCUUCUCCAUUCGCCGAAGACAGCACCUGACGGAGCUGCGUCCAUUUCAACAGAAAAGCUCAAAUCAACAAGCCAAAAGCUUACCGUUGGAAUAAGAAGUCCUGCUUUUCAACAGUAGUACCAGUGCAGGUGCAUUAGUGGGUAACAAAGGCAAAGGUGAAGACAUGAAUGCAUUCAAGGCUUUCAAAGCCCAAGUUUCAAUUGCAUGGAGCCCUAAUUUAUACAUAACAUUGGUGAGAGGCAUUCCUGGAACCAGGAGACUCCACAGUUGAACCUUAGAGGCAUUGCGGCUUGGAAAAUGCAACCAUAUGGUGAUGCGAUGGAAUACUCCUACUGUUAGGGGAAUGCUCCAACAGGUAAAGAGGUUAGUUGUGAUUGAGACAGAAGAAAUGUACAAGGCUCGCAAGCAAAAUCAGGCAAACCACAAAGCUUUACGUCCCCCAUCGGUCAUAAACCACUUGCAUGCUCAAGAAAGCAGUUCUUCAUAGAGUUCGGUUCUGUUUUAUGUAGUUCUUUAGAGGUCAGCUCUCUUUUUCUUAAAGAAUGUUUAUGUUGCCUAAAAGAUGUGUUUUUCCAUUAGUGUAUUUCCUAGAAGUAUCGACUGAAUUAGUGAACUGAAUUUUUCGAGUCUUCUUUUAGUUAAUGGAUCAAGUUAUUGAUCUAACUUUUUGGCAUUAGUUUCAUUCCAAAUAUAUUUUGGAAUUUGUCAGUUUGCUAUAUUAUUCACUGUGAAUGUCUAUAUUUAAUAAGUUUGUUUUGAUAAAA